AUGCCAAACAGCAGCCUGGUCCUGAGCAGCCUGGAUGGGAUUUACAUCGGCACCGAGUGCCUGGUGGCUUUGUUUGCCACGCUGGGCAACACCCUGGUGAUCUGGGUGGUGAGGCUGCAGGCCCUGCAGAACACCACGCUCUAUUUCAUCGCGUCCCUGGCGCUGGCCGACAUCGCCGUGGGGCUCCUGGUCAUGCCCCUGGCCAUCGUGGUGAGCCUGGGCAUCGCCAUGCCCUCCUACAGCUGCCUGUUCAUGUGCUGCCUGCUGCUGGUGUUCACCAACGCCUCCAUCCUGUCCCUGCUGGCCAUCGCCAUCGACAGGUACCUGCGAGUAAAGCUGCCCACCAGAUAUAAAAUUAUCACGACAGAGAGGAGAGUUUGGUGGGCCCUGGGGCUGUGCUGGUCCCUGUCCCUGCUGGGAGGGCUCGUCCCCAUGUUUGGCUGGAACAAGGCAGACCCCAGGAGCUCCAGCUCCCUCAGGUGCCGGUUCAUCUCCGUGAUGAGGAUGGAUUACAUGGUGUACUUCUGCUUCUUCACGUGGACCCUCGUGCCCCUGCUCAUCAUGUGUGCUCUGUACGCCGAGAUCUUCUACAUCAUCCACACAAAGCUCAGCCAAGGGACCAGUGUGAGAGGGGCUGGGGCUUUCUAUGGCCAGGAGUUCAAGACAGCCAAGUCUCUUGCACUUGUUCUCUUCCUGUUUGCAAUCUCCUGGCUGCCUCUGUGCAUUAUAAACUGUGUUUUAUACUUUUACCCUGAAUCUCAGAUCCCCCCGUAUUUGAUUUACUUGGCAAUCCUCUUAUCCCAUGCCAAUUCUGCCAUGAACCCCAUUAUCUACGCCUACAAGAUAAAGAAGUUCAAAACCACGUACCUUUUAAUUUUCAGGACCUAUAUCCUGUGCAGAAAACCAGACCCAGCUCUUACAGAGCAAACAACAGACCCGCAGUCAUAA